AAUUCUCAGUAAUGGAAAGACGAGAAAAUAGUGUGAACAAAAAUUCAGUUACGCCUGGAUUCUCGCCAUCGUUAACUCAGGAUUAUUCGAUUCUGUUUGUCAAUUUAUAAUUCAAUUUAAUUUUAUCCUCUCUCUCUCUCCACUCAAUACGAUAUUAUCUUUGCCUACGUCUUUUACUCUUCGCUCCAAAAAGUAAAUUGUGUAACGGUCUGAACGUCUAAUAAUCGCUAUCCUUUUUUGUUUCUUCUCUUUUUGACAAAAAAAUUGUAAAGGGUGUCUCGUUGACAUGGUCAUGUAAUGCGAAUUGAAUCAAAGGUGCAGUGUUCCUAGUGAAAAGCUAUACGACAAUUCACGAAUCUUUUCGGACGUGAAGAAAUUAUGUCAUCGCGUCGUCGCAACACGGCUCCAAGAAAGAUUUCCAUGUUUGGUUACAAAUUCUACAACGAAGUCUAACCAAUUGCGGUUACAUUUGAAAAUUGUCACAGUUGCACAAACGAGGUAUCGAUUUAUUGCUGAAAUUAAUUCAAGGCAAUACUGAUACUUCUGUGUCAAGGCAUUUCAAAAACCUUGGUCCGUGAAGUUUGAUGCGUCGGAUCGGGCCGACGGAUCGGAUCGAAAAGAAUUCGAAGAGAGGGGACGGUCGCGGGUAUAGCGAGGAGAGAAUCCAGGCGGGGAGGACGAAGGCGGGGGAGGUGAGGGAGAAUUUGGGCCGCGCGUGGAAUGGAAAUGAAAAGGGAGGAGCCUCGACCGGAUGAACUCGAGGAAAAUCCGUUUCUCUGGAUCGUGUGCAAAACGGGGGCCCCCCGUGUAAUAAUAACGAGCUUUCACGCUGUCGUACGAUACUUCGCCGAACAGAUGCCGAAGAAAAUGAGCCUGGGCUUCCUUCGAACCCUUGCCGCCCUCCUGGUAAUCGUGAUGCCCCGAUCCCUCACUUACGUUCUCCUGUAUCCGAUUUUCAGAUUAGUGUUCGGCAAUUUGUACCCGGCCUACGCUUCUUACAAGGCUGUGAGGACGAAGAAUGUGAAGGAAUACGUGAAAUGGAUGAUGUACUGGAUCGUGUUCGCGCUGUUCACUUGCGCGGAGACCUUCACCGACGUCUUCUUCAGCUUUUGGUUUCCAUUUUACUACGAGAUCAAGACUAUCCUGGUGAUCUGGCUACUGAGCCCGGCCACCAAAGGCUCGAGCAUCCUUUACAGACGUUUCGUUCAUCCGGCGUUGAUCCAACGCGAGGCCGAGAUCGACGAAGCUCUAGCCCGCGCGACGGAGCAGGGUUACACGGCGGUGUUGCACCUAGGGUCCAAAGGUGUCAAUUACGCCACCACGGUUCUCAUGCAAACAGCUAUCAAGGGCGGUGGAGGCUUGGUUCAGCAUUUGAAGAAGAGCUACAGCCUGAGCGACCUGACCGGCGAGAAAGAGGACGAGAAUAGAAACACGCCGCACAUGCACGACGAGACGGACAUGGAAGUGGAACCUCGUCGAAGAGAGCACGUAGGGAGAAGAGGGUACAGUCCUCGUCGGACGCAGUCGAGCAGCAAUCGCGUGGAGAUGUACUUUUCCGAGGUGGACGUGGACGUUAGACAACCGCGGUCCAGAGAGCCGACAACCAGCUUAACCAACAUAAGGUCCUCGGACGACAUAUCAAGCGGAUACAGCAGCGGGGAAGCGCUACAAUCCAGCCGUACGUCCCAAGGCGACUCGUUGGUUCGAACAUCGAGCGUCGGCGCAAGAACACGGGCAAAACCUCGCUCCGCGACCAAGAAGACCCCAGAGGACUCGGGAGAGGAUUCCGACAGCAUCGAUCCUCCCUUCUCCAAAAAUAUCUCAUUUCCGCCACCUCUAAAUCUCGUCACUCCCGAACAAGCACUCGAGAUCUUGCUUCUGCUCUCGCAAAACCGUAAUGUCGCUGAUUAUAUCGAUUUCGAUCGUGGCCCCGUUUUCCCAGGUAACGUCGAUUUACUUAAACACACCAGUCAAUCAGGCCCGGAACCAGUGACAAAAUCACUAGAAACCGUCGCUAACCCAUUGGAUUCCGUACGUAUAGCCGCACAGCUUCCAACAAUUCCAGCCCUCGAGGCGAGAACCGAUUCCAAACGUUCGCUAACAGAAGCGAACACCGACUCGUCGCAUAAUCAUCGCCAUGAAUCUUCCAAAAGAUCAACCAACGAAGAAGAAAACGACGACGCGAUCCAUCCCCCAAUAACGGAUCAACUCUGUCAAAACAAGUUCGAGGAGCUCAAACAACUCCUGAGCGACGCCCGCAAAGCUGUCAACAAUAUAGUUCACACCCAAGAAAAGUUGCGUCUGAGCGACGCGUCCAUCGUCGUCGAGACGACGUUGUCGCAAGAUGUCGCGGGUGAUAAAAUUGAAGAAACGAACGGAGAAGACGAAGUCGCCGAGGAAACAAAGAUGGAGGACGCGGCGAUGGGGAUCGAGGGCUCCUUGGACGUUUGGACGACACCGAGCGUGUCGCGCAGAAAUUCGGCCAAUCUCGGCCGAGCUGGAAGGUACAACAAGAGGCCGGCGCCCAAAGUGCCUCUCGCGAGAAAUGAGGAGGGAGAGGAUGGCGCGUUGAGAGCCACAUUGGUAAUCAAAACGUUGAGGAGCAAAGACGCGUUUACCGGCGACGGCUCGGAUGCGAGGUCGAAGGGGAAGAGGUCGAAGAGGCAGAGGACCAGGGAGGGUUUCUCCAAAUUGCUCGCCAUCCCGAGGAACGUGUUUCAGAACGCUUUUCACAGGGCCAAGGAAAAGGGGGACGGAACUAGAUCGAGCAGCGUCGAUAAUCGGGAAAUGAUAAUCGAACCGAAAUCAGAGGGCGUUCGAUGUAACGACGACGAGAGCGAGAACGACACGUCCAACAGCUCUGACGGCUCUUACGUACUCGCGCCAACCGAUGAUAAACGGAGCAAAAUGGAGAGCGUCGAAACGGAUGAAGAGGGGAUAGAAGAGAGCGUCGAGUCGGGAAUAAUAAGGGAGGAGACGUCGAAAAUUGGGAGGAGAUUGGAGUCGGAUAUUUUUUAA